AUCACAAAAAUGUACUAAAAAAUCCCGCGACAACUGUCAGUGUCACUUUUCUCGUUUCGCCUGUUUUAUUUGCCACGAAAUGGUUUUGCUGGAUAAUUCGAACUUCAUUCUGCGGCUGGAGAAGAUCGCCAAUGCGGCGAAGAAGGACUCCUCCUUCACGUUGACAUUUAAGCGAUAUGAUGGCCACGACAAACCCGUGCCGAGAGCUGGACGACCCCCGCUGCCCAAGCCCGAAACCUACAUGUGCCUGAUACGAGCCCAGUCCAAGUCCCAGAAGAUUUCCACCGUCGUGCGGCAGGAGGAUGUGCCCGCCAUGAUGGGCAUGUACUCGCAGUUCAUGAAGAGCAAGAUGGACGGCCUGAAGCGGGUUAAGAAGGUCAAAAGCAAGGCCAAGGCGACAAAGGGUUAAACGGGGAGUAGGUCGUAGCUAGAUUUUAUUUGACUGUUAGCAGGUCUCUUGUUUUAAAUGCAUCAUUUUGUACUGUA